AUGGGAUGCCAUACCAAAUACUGGUGCUGCAAUUGUGUUCAGCCCUUGACAAAGGUAUCAGAAUGUGGUACAACACGCAUUGUCGGUAGUUGCAGCUUACAGCACCGUAGCACAGAGGGCACGCAGCCCUUACCGGAGCCGAAGCGCCCAGCGAGGCCUCCUCCGGACUCCUCCGCUCCCGGUGGCUUUGCCUGCUGCGUACUCCCUCCAUCUCUGCACAAGGUUGUACCAUCCAGCAAGGCUACCUAUCUUGCAGGGACGCCGAUCCUGUAG